AUGAAUAUAAUCAAGAGUACUAAUUCUUUUUACUAAUUUUCAAAGGAAUAUUAAACCUAUUUUAAAGAUAAAUCGGUAGAAUAAGUUGAAAAACCUUAAAAUCCUGUUACUUUAAUGAAUUCAUUUUUACGUAAUUCCUCCUUUUCCAAAAAAUCUGUGUAACCUUUAGAUUGGCCUUCGGAUUUAGAUUUAUCAAAUAUUAGGGAAGAAUAUUUCAUCAUAGAUCCCACUUAAAGGUUCUAAAGAGAAUGGAAUGAAAAGAAACUAUUUUUUAAGCACAGAUAAAGUCCUUUAAGAACAGAUUCAUUUAACAGAUUCAGAGAAAAUAUCCGUUCUUUAAGUAAAACCUACAAAUUUUAGAAGGAUAAUCUUUAGUAUGAACAAGCUGCUGUGUUACCAAGUUAAAGAAAGCUUGAAUUGCAAACUACAGUGUAAGCACAAAAAGAAUAUAAAGAUAAAAAAGAAUAAUUUAACUUUCUCAAUAAGCAACAUCGUUUGAUUGAAAAUCUGCAUCACGACGAUAUAGUUUAAAAAUCAGUUACAGAAAACUAUUAGAUGAACGGCAAUAAGGAUUAAACAUUUUGUAAGGAGAAUCAUAGACUACUUAGAACAAACUAUGAUAAUGAAAUCUCGAGUGAUUGGGCAAGAAAACGAAAAUCUCCACUAAAUAAAUUAGAUACCUUUCAUAGGGUCAUUUCCCAAGAGGACAAUGAAAAAAGUAAAUUGGGUAAGGCAAAACCCAAUAGAGUUAAGUAAUUUGAGAGGAAAGGGAGAGAAUAUAACAUCGUAAAUUUUGGGUGUAAUUGA